UUUUACGAUCAGAGUGUGACCUCUGCCGUCUUGUCUUUGCUCUGCAGCCUCGUGUGCGUCUCUCAACUGGUCCCCAGCAGCAACACAAAACUUUUUAUGAGUUCCGCACGUACUGCAUCCGUCCAGAGCAGAACGCAGCCUUCCUGAAACUCACUAAUGAGAAGGUCCACCUGCGCACUGCCCACUCCGAGCUGAUUGGCUACUGGACUGUUGAGUAUGGUGGCUUGAAUCAGGUUUUCCAUAUAUGGAAGUAUGACAGUUAUGCUCAGCGGGCAGCGGUGCGGGCGGCACUGGCUCACGACCCCUCAUGGAUUUCAGAAUACAUCUCCAAGGCGAUACCAAUGUUGACGUCUCAGGACAACGAGGUCACCUACCUCGUUCCCUGGAGCCACCUGCAGAGGCCACCACAGGAGGGCGGUGUGUACGAGCUGGUUUCUUACCACAUGCGUCCUGGUGGUCCAGCGGUUUGGGCUGACGCCUUCCAGGCUGCUGUUACUUCCCAUGAUGCACCAGGGUACGGGACGCUGCUGGGAGCUUUCCACAGCGAGUUUGGAAAACUGAACAGAGUUCACACUCUUCAGUGGUUCGAGAGCGCCGACCAUCGAGCUGAAGUUCGACACCGAGCUCACACUGAUUCCAGAUUGGUUGCUGCAGUCAGAGACAGUGUCGUCCAUCUUGACUCUCAGAAGAACAAACUCAUGUUUCCGUGUCCCUUUUCUCCGAUGAAGUAACUUCCUGUCUCCAUGACAACUGAACAUGAGUUAUUCUAUCAUGUGUGAGUGACCGUGAUGUCCAAUCCUGUGCUGUGAAUUGUGGAGGGGGCGGGCCUUAUCUUUGUUUCCCAGCUGCAGUAAAAAAAUGACA